AUGCAUUCGCUCGCUGCCGGCGACGACCUGGCUGACAUGGAUGAAACGUUCUUCUGACAGAACGGCACGCCAUUCUCGUUUCUCCAGCCCAGCGCCGAUUGCAUCCUCCUCGGUCUUGGCCUCCUGGUGCUUGCUUGCUUGCUUGCUUGCUCCAUUGCCAUCUCCAACCCGGCAACACCCGUUGGGUUCGGAUCGAGGCGUUGGUGCCGCCACGGAAGGCCAAGGCCCGUCUACCUAGCACUCACAUGCGCACCCACAACAGACACCAGGCAAGUUGACACACCAAGUUCACCGUCUCGCAGCAUCAUGCAAAGUGCGGCACGGAAGUGGCAGUCAGACCUGCGCCAUCUAGUCCUCCUCGCUCCAUCCCGCGAUGCAGCCCACCCCGAACAGAGACAAAGCUUUACGGCCGUUGCAAAUCCUACGUUGGCUACUUUGCUUCCGCCGCUUACGACACCUCACUACGUCUCCAACGGGACUCGGCGAUCCUCUCUCGAAACUGAUGUCGGACUCGGUGCGCACAUACAUACACUAAGACUGAAGCCGACUCUGGGCACUCUUACCCUGGGUAGCAUCUGGUCAACCCCGCUCUCACCUGUCCGAAGUCAUCCGAAGCCGUCGUCCCUAUGGUAUCAUGUCUGCUAUACCUUUUCUCUUUCGACGCAGGCUCUGUGCGUUCUGGUGCGGCUCAAACCACCCACCACCUUCAAGCGUCCGCCCGCCCCUGGAAUGACAGGUGCCCCCUACUUCGAAGAGCGGCGCUAA